ACACAACAACCAAACAGCGCCUGAUUCUGAAAACAAAAGACGACGACGCUGACGACAACGCACAAAGCAUAGCAAUUGGAGUAGCAAUUGGAGUAGCAAUUGGAGCGGCCAUAGGAAUAGGAAUAGCGAUAGCAAUAGCAAUAGGAAUAGGAACAGGCAACGAUGGCUGGGAAUCGGCAGCAGACACGAGCAGCAGACGCGAGCGCGAACAGUGCUGCUCCUGCUAGUGCGAAUGCGACUGCCAAUACUGUGGUCGUCGCCGAUGCAUCAGUCGACUCUGCGACGGCCGCUGCGGAGGCUGCAGUGCGGACUGUUCGCGUCGUUGGCCGCGACGCCGCCGUGACUGGAUCAUCAGCCUCAUCAUCAUCAGCAGUAGCAGUGGACUUCAACGGCAACAACGCAGCAGCAGCAGCAGCAACAACAGCGCCGCGAUCUGGAUCCUCCGCCCGCUCGCCCUCCAGCAGCAACGACCACCUCGAGCGCACUCUCCGCAGCACUCCGUCCCCAUUCCCAGACAACCGCGUCAUCACGUCCAAGUACACCGCGCUCAACUUUCUGCCAAAGAACUUGUUUGAGCAGUUUCGACGAGUGGCCAACUUUUACUUUCUCUGCGUGGCGUUAAUCCAGCUGAUUCCCGGCGUUGCGCCCGUCUCGCCGCUGACGUCCAUCUUGCCGCUGGUCUUUGUCGUUGGCGUCACGGCCAUCAAGCAGGCGUACGAGGAUUAUCUGCGGCACUUGGCCGAUAACGAGACAAACACACGGCCCGUUACGGUCAUGCGCAGGGGCGUCGUGCUGGACAUUCAGAACGAGCAAAUCCACGUUGGCGACAUUGUGCGAAUUGUCGACGGACAAGAGUUCCCGUGCGAUUUGACGCUCUUGUCGACCUCGGAUGCCGACGGCCACUGUUAUACCAUCACUGCCAACUUGGACGGCGAGACCAACUUGAAGGUGCGCUCCGCACCCGUGCCGACACGGCAUCUCCGCGACUUUGGCGCCUUGCGCAACCUGUCCGUCACCAUCGACUGCGGGUUGCCAACUGCCGACCUUUACCGAUUCACUGGGCGGUUGUUUUCUGGCGUUUUGCUCUCAGAUGCGAGCUCGGACUCGUUUUUCCGCGUGUCGUCGUCGUCGUUGUCCUCGUCGCCGUCGUCGUCGUCGUCGUUGCUGUCAGCCGAUCGAAGCAGUCGCCGCCGCGCUGGCGGGCAAGACCAGGAAAGUGGUGGCAGCAGACUCGCGCACAGCGUGAAUGCAUCCGCGCAGUCGAGUGACACCCCCGCCACCUCGUCCUGGCCAGCCAGCUGGUCCUUGUUCCGCAAGCCUCACGAUGCGCUGUCCGAGAGCGCAUCUUUUCCUGGCCGCAGCGAGGGUACUAUCUCUUCGGCUGUGCCGCUCGACAUUUCGAAUUUGCUGCACAAAGGCGCGCGCUUGAGAAACACCGAGUUUGUCUAUGGUGUCGCCGUCUACACCGGACGCGAUACCAAGAUGGUUCUCAACCAGCAGCCAGUCAAGCACAAGUUCUCGUCGCUCGAGCGACUGAUGAACAAGUUUUUGAUUGUGUUUUUCAUCGGCUUGUUUGUCGUGUGUCUGAUUUCCACGCUUCUCACGCUUGCCUGGAACAACCAUUACCGCCACGUCGCGUGGUAUCUGGGCGAUCUGGGGCUGCCUGCCGCUGGGGAAACUGGCGACAUUUUCUUGUUCUACGCGGGCCAGUUUAUCACCUUUAUGCUGCUGUACAACUACUGCAUUCCCAUUUCACUUUACGUGACGGUUGAGCUGCUCAAGUUCUUUGGCGCGCUGCUCAUCCACUGGGACGAGAAGAUGGCAGACAAGGUCAACACCUCCGACAAGCAGCCUUCGAUGGCCAAGGCGAACACGUCCGACCUCAACGAGGAGCUGGCGUUGGUCGACUAUGUCUUUUCCGACAAGACCGGCACCCUGACCGAGAACGUCAUGAAGUUUGUCGAGUGCAGCGUUGCGGGCCGCCGCUACCUGGCCACGCGCGACGGUCUGGUCGAGCAGGCCGAUCCUGAGGCACAAGCUCGUCUGUCGGAUGCAGCUGCCAUGGCCAAAAGGGAGCAGCGUUCGCGCGCCGAAAGCAGUACAAGUGCCACCAGCAGUGUUCCCACGACAGCAUCGUCCGCCUCGCCUCUCCACCGUCUGGCGCUGAGCUUCCGCCGUGGAAAUCAGUCAGGCGAUCGCAUCCCGCUGAUUGGUGCCGAAGACGACGAUGCUGAAGAGCAAAGCGAGACUCCCGCCGAGCAGGGCGACACAACUGUUGGUGGCCAUCCGGACGCUCUCGCCACAGGCGCCGCCUCUCCCAAAGGUCGAGGCAGUGGCGCGAGUAGCCGCAACUCCAACCGUUCUGCCGAUGCGAUAAAGCAAGACCUUGCUGGUGGCGACGACGAAGGAAGCGAGUCCGAAGACGAUUACGAUAAGUACCUUCCCGCCUCCCUUCUAGAAGCGUCCAGCUCCCUUGCGCAAGCCGAGAAAUCCAACCCGGCUCUGCGUGUCUAUCUCACUGCGCUUGCUGCGUGCCACACGGUGUUUGCCGAACGCGUCCCUCACGGCCACCACCAUCAGCACCAGAGCAGCACUCCCGUGGUGUCGCAGCAACAGCAGGCGCAACAAGCUGCAUUGCCCCUGUCCAUCCAUUAUCAAGCAUCGUCUCCAGACGAGGAAGCACUGGUGAGCGGGGCUGCGCGCGCAGGCGUUGUAUUUGAGCGGCGCACGGUCGAGACGUUGCACCUGGUGGUUCAAGGCAAGCCGCAGGCGUUCGAGCUCCUGCACGUGCUCGAGUUUUCAUCCGACAGGAAGCGUAUGAGCGUGAUUGUGCGCGACGAGCAGGGUGUCAUUUGGGUGUUUACCAAGGGUGCGGAAUCGGUCAUUGAGCCGAGGCUCUCGGCAGACGAGCACACCUUCCUGCAUCGCAUGGGUUCCUCCUCGUCCGGUGUUGAGAUUCCUCGCAUGUCGACCAUCAAGACCACCACCAUGGACCAUCUUGGCGGCUUUGCCACGAGUGGCCUUCGCACUUUGUUGGUGGCGGCCAAGCAACUGUCCAAUGACGAGUUUGCGCAAAUCCGCGAAAGUCUGCAUCAAGCAAGCGUGGCUUUGCAUAAUCGAGAUGCCCUGUUUGCCGCCGCCUAUGAGCGUAUCGAGCACGGUUUAGUCCUCCUAGGGGCAGCUGCCAUCGAAGACAAGCUCCAGGCCGACGUGGACUUGACCAUGAAGCGGCUGCGCGGAGCGGGAAUCAAGGUUUGGGUAUUGACGGGCGACAAGCAAGAGACCGCCAUCAAUAUUAGCAUGGCCUGCGGACACGUGUCGUCGUCCAUGCGCGUGUUGUACCUGAAUGCUCAUUCGCGUCGUCAGUGCUCGGAAACCAUCCGGCAGUAUCUCAGAGAGUACGCCAGCGACCGAGCAGGCGCUUUUGAUGCAACGAGCUUUGGUGAUUCCGCCAACGCGGCCACGGAUGCCGCUCGUGAGCGGUUUGCACCAGAGCCAGAGACCACCGGAACCAAUACCGUCGGUGGUGUCAGCUCGUACGGCAGCGUGGUAUCAGCCAGCGCUGGACAUUCGCAGGCUUCUCCAUUGAGGGCCGAUGAGUCUUUGGAAGUCGAGCUCUCCGCGCCGCACCACGGUCCGCCACAGCUCGCUCUGGUCAUCGAUGGCGCUACACUUGCCAUUGCCCUCAAGCACGACAGCGCCGCGUUGCUCGCUUUAUGCCAGCGUUGCGCUGCCGUGCUUUGCUGUCGCAUGUCGCCAAUGCAAAAGGCCUUGCUUGUCCGCCUUGUCAAAGAGAGUCCCGAGCGACCAGUCACGCUUGCCAUCGGCGACGGUGCCAAUGAUGUCAGCAUGAUUCAGGAGGCUCACGUCGGUGUGGGAAUUAUGGGCAAAGAAGGACGACAGGCGGCGUGCUCGAGCGAUUACGCGUUUGCCAAGUUCCGGUCGCUCCAGCGACUGCUGUUGGUGCAUGGCCGCUACUCGUACAUUCGCAUUGCGGAUGUGGCCUUGUAUUUCUUCUACAAGAACGUGGCGUGGAUUGCCGCAGAGCUCUUGUUUGCAUUUUACUCGGGCUUCUCGGGCCAGACCAUCUACGAUAGCGUCCUGCUUAUGCUGUUCAACAUUGUCUUUACCUCGCUACCGGCCUUGGUGCACGGCAUGGUGGAAAAAGACGUGUCAGAGCGCUCCUUGCUCCGCUAUCCGCGAUUGUACAGCUCGCUCAAGGGACCCAGCGCUCGUAUUUCGUCCAAGGCACUCGGCCAAUGGAUGCUAUCGUCCUUUUGGCACGCGCUCGUUGUGUUCUUUGGCGGCUUGCUGGUCUUUGGCGGCUGGAGCGCCGUUGCUUCGAGCUCUGCCACCGUGCUCACGCUGGAUGUGGGCCGCAACGUCACUGCUGCAUCGUCCUGGGGCCUUGACCAUUCAACGACGACCGAUAUUGACGUGUUUACACUGGGCGCCUACAUGAACUGUGUCAUGCUGGUGGUUGUCACCAUUCGCCUCCUGAUGGAGGAGGGCUACGUGACGUGGCUGAAUUGGUUUGUCUUGAUUGGUUCCUUGGUGGUUCUGGGCGCCUUUAUGCUGUUUUGGAGCUCCUUCAUGAUCAGCGAGCCCUACUACCUGUUCCAUUCCGCAAUCUACCUUGCCGGUCUGCCGCAAAUGUGGCUGGGCCUGCUUCUUCUCGUCGUCACAGCUCUCCUGCCCGACUUUGUUUUCAAGGUCGUCUAUGCGUGGUUUUGGCCCCGUGACUGGCAGCUGAUUCAAGAGGAAGAGUAUGCUCGGCGCGAAUCCCGGCGCGCCCGAGACGCCCAUUUCCGCGGUCACGGCGGAGCUCGCCGAGUCAUGAGCAGCAGCAACGGUGCAUCUUCCUCGUUUUCUCGCCGAGGGAAACCGACGGAUGCCGAUGACGAGCGCCGCGGGCUGCUCACCGCUUAGUUCAUUCGAACGUUUUUGUACUGCAGUUGAGUUUUUGUGUUUUCGAUUUCAUGAGUGUAUGUGUUUUGGAUUGAAACGAGAGGUUGUUUUUCCC